UGGGAACAGAUUGCUAUCUGUCUUAAUUAGGGACUAAUUGACGUAAAGUUGGAGAUUACAGAAGCCAUCGUGACAGUGUGGAAGGCGGAAAAACGAGCUUACGACGGUCACCUGAAGGCAGCAUUUUCGUCUGUGUGCGUUAGUUACGACACAUUCUUGUCAUCCAAAUGUAAGAGGACACCGCUUCCUGGUGUGGACCUAUAAUAAUGGACUGAUGAGAGCAGGAGGAGGUAGACCUCGGUGUGAUCUGUUGUGAUUGAGCCUACGAGUCCGCGGAGACACUAAGACACCGUAUUCAGUCUGAGGAAUGUCAGCUGUAAACAAAUCUGAAGAGGAUGGAGGCUCCUUCUCCUCGAAGGUCAUCAAUAUCGUGUUUGUUACGCUGCUGCUGGACCUGCUGGGAUUUACACUGAUUCUACCUCUGCUGCCUUCAAUUUUGGACCAUUAUGCAGGGGACGGUGUGUAUCAGUCUCUGCAGGGUGUUGUGGACUGGUUCAGGGAGGCCGUGGGGAUUCCUUCAGAAAAAAAAUACAACAGUGUCCUGUUUGGAGGUCUGAUCGGGUCACUGUUUUCUCUGCUACAGUUCCUGUCUUCACCUCUAACUGGGGCUCUUUCAGACCGCUAUGGCAGAAGACCCCUGCUCAUCCUCACCACAUUAGGGCUGAUGUCCUCCUAUGCGGUCUGGGCCGUUUCCCGGAGCUUCAGCAUGUUCCUUUUGUUUCGAGUAAUUGGGGGCAUUUGUAAGGGAAACGUCAGCCUCUGCACUGCCAUCGUGGCCGACUUGCCUUGCCCGAAAGCACGGAACAGAGGAAUGGCAAUGAUCGGCAUUGCGUUCUCCCUUGGCUUCACUGUGGGACCUCUGAUGGGUGCCUACUUUGCCCUCAGCUCCAAAACAUCAGGAAAUGUCUUCUUCCAAACUCCAGCUCUGCUCGCCUUGGCCUUCAGUGCUGCUGAUCUGCUCUUUAUUUGGGUCAUGCUGCCGGAGACGCUCACAAAGGAUGUCAAGGCUUCAUCUACUGGGUUCGGGGACUCCACGGACCUUCUGAACCCAUUAUCUUUGUUCCAUUUUUCAGCUGUUUCCAGGACAAAAGAUCCACCUCCCAAAGAGAGAAUGCAGAAGCUUCAAGCGUUGGGCCUGGUUUAUUUCUGCUACCUCUUCCUGUUCUCUGGUCUGGAGUUCACGCUCAGUUUUCUGACUCACCAGCGCUUCCACUUUACAAGUAUGCAGCAGGGAAAGAUGUUCUUCUUCAUUGGUGUCAUCAUGGCUUUGAUCCAGGGCGGUUACGCUCGCAGAAUCAAACCUGGGCAACACAUCCACUCUGUUCAAGUGGCAAUCCUAACAUUAAUCCCAGCGUUCAUUCUCAUCGGGCUCUCAUGGAAUAUAACGAUGCUUUACGUCGGCCUGGCGUUGUACUCAUUUGCUGCUGCAAUAGUAGUUCCAUGCCUGUCGACUCUUGUUUCUGACCACGGGACGGCCAAUCAGAAGGGCACAGUGAUGGGGAUUCUGCGUAGUUUGGGCGCUCUGGCCAGAGCACUGGGACCAGUUGUUACGUCCUCUGUUUACUGGAUAGCCGGAGCUCAGAUCUGUUUCCUCCUCAUGUCGGCCUCUUUCAUUAUUCCUCUGACUCUCCUGAGAACGGCCCGAAGGCUUAAGGGGGAGUGAAAGUCUUCUCUCUGAUUGCAGAGAUAUUUUCUAGCUUAAAUGAAUGUUAUGAUGUUUACAUCUGCUGGGAAAACAAGCACUGAUGUCUUAUUUUGACACACGAACAAAAAAAAAGAAAGAAGAAAUGUAUACUUUCUGCGCUGUUUGCCAAGGAUCAUCACAUGAAACUAAAUAAUGUGAAGAUGUUGCAUAUGCCAAAACAGAUAUUUGUUAUUGUACGAAAGAGUGGACAUAAUGCCUUUUAAUGUGCACACAUAGACCUGUGCAUAUUGUGAAAUGUACGGGUUAGGUUGAGGUACUAAUGACUGUGAUGCUCACAGAUAUUAUUUUAUACUGCAGUAUUUUAUCAAUCACUCAGAUUUUAUAUUUUACAAAGUAACGUUUCAUUUUAGCUCACUUUAAAAAUGUGGAUAUUGUAUUUUCCUUGUAUUAAAAAAGAAUAAGCAAGUCUGUGUAUGAAAAUGU